AUGAGUAUCCUCGCACACAAUGGGUCUGCUGUUAUAGGGAUGGCUGGUAAAGACUGUGCGGCCAUUGCAUGUGACCUCCGUUUUGGUGUCAAUUUGCAAACAAUUUCAUGCGAUUUCACAAAAGUAUAUCCUCUUGGCCCGAGAUUGUACGUGGGAUUUCCAGGCCUAGCGACGGAUAAUCAAACAGUAUUUCAACGCCUGCAGUUUCGCAAAAACAUGUACGAGUUGCGAGAAAAUCGAACCAUCAAACCUCAAACUAUCACUACUAUGUUGUCAAACUUGUUAUAUGAACGCAGGUUCGGCCCAUAUUUUGUGGAACCAGUAGUUGCUGGCAUUGACCAUACUACAAACAAACCGUAUAUUGCUUCAAUGGAUUUAAUUGGUUGCAUACUUGAAGCAGACGAUUUCGUUGUCAGUGGAACAUGUACAGAUCAGAUGUACGGGAUGUGUGAAACACUUUGGGAAAAAGACAUGAAUUCAAAGGAGCUGUUCGAAUGCAUUUCACAAUGUAUUUUGAAUGCUCUUAAUCGUGAUGCUGUAUCUGGUUGGGGUGCUCGAGUUUACAUGAUAGAAAAAGAGGCCGUCACCAUUUCCGAUUUAAAGAUGCGUAUGGACUGA